AUGCUCCAAUUUCAGCCUCCAUCCCUUUCCGCCGUGAUCAACGGAUCGCGACUCGGUCUCGCUGCGGCUUCCGCUCUGGUGACCAGCACAACUACUCCCACCGCUUGCUCCUCUUCCCCGGCCUCCAUACGUCCCCUCUCGUCCCCCGAAGACGCCGCCGCCCAGCGAAGAUCCUACCAGACCGCGACCACCGCGCAUAAGACGAGGGAUAUGUCCGCCGAUGAGAAGGCCAGGCCACAACGGCCCCAUAUCGCCUGGUUCCCCCUCGGUUACAAGGACGCCGCUUACCAGUGGUGGACAAGUAUAUCUCCUACCCUCGCCGAAAGAAACGUCCUCUCCCACAUCCCCUACCUCAGAGAGGCGCGAGACCAGCACGCCGCCGCCGCCGCCACCGCCUCGGCCCUCGAUGCCGCCUCCCGCCCCGAUCCUUACGGGCCCCGGGUAUGGCGGUCACAGAUGGUCACCCUCUCGGGCAAGGACCGCGCCCUCAACGAAUAUUCGAUCGAGCGCGUGGGCGAAGAGGUGGACGACAACCUGGUGGUCCUGCACGGCUACGGCGCCGGACUGGGCUUCUUCUACAAAAACUUCGAGCCCCUGUCGCGGGCGCCCGGGUGGAAGCUCUACGCCCUCGACAUGCUCGGCAUGGGCAACUCGACGCGCCCGCCCUUCCGGGUCCACGCCAAGGACAAGGCGGGGAAGAUCGCCGAGGCGGAGGCCUGGUUCAUCGACUCCCUGGAGGAGUGGCGGAAGAUCCGCAACAUCGACAGGUUCACCCUCGUCGGCCACUCGCUCGGCGGCUACCUGUCGAUCGCCUACGCCCUCAAGUACCCCGGCCGCCUGAAGAAGCUGGUCCUCGUCUCCCCCGCCGGCAUGCCCGAGGAUCCGUUCGCCGUCAGCGAAGCCAUGCCCGAGCCCGACAUGUCGACGCUCGAGAACGAGUUUACACAGGACCAGGAGAGCGUGGUCCAUGAUGAGCGGAACCGGGCCAACGCGCAGGUGAAGACCAACAAGGCGACGACGACGACGACGACGACGACGACGACCAAUGGCGAAAGCACCAACGGCAAAAGCACCAACAGCAACAACGCGCCGAAAAGGCCACUCCCCGGCUGGCUCGUCUGGCUCUGGGACGCCAACGUCUCGCCCUUCAGCAUCGUGCGCUUCACGGGCCCGCUGGGCCCGCGGUUCGUCUCCGGGUGGACGUCGCGCCGCUUCAACCACCUCCCCGCCACGGAGGCCCAGACGCUCCACGACUACGCCUUCUCCAUCUUCCGCCAGAAGGGCAGCGGCGAGUACGCGCUCGCCUACAUCCUGGCGCCGGGGGCGUUCGCGCGCAGCCCCAUGGUCAACCGCAUCGCCGGCGUGGGGCGGCAGAUAGUGGCGGCGGCGGCGGCGGCGGAGCGCGAAGACGGCAGCGGCGAAAAGGUCAGCAAGGAGACGGGCGUGCCCGUGGUGAUGAUGUAUGGCGAGAACGACUGGAUGGACGUCGCGGGCGGGUUUGCGGCCCAGGAGAGGCUCAAGGAGGCGCGGCGCAAGGCGUUGCUGGAGAAUUCGGACGAGGAAAAGAGGAGGGAGAACGGGUCUGCGAAGGUGGUGAUCGUGCCGAAGGCGGGCCACCACCUUUACUUGGAUAAUCCUGAGGCGUUUAACGAGAUGCUGCGGAAGGAGAUGGACCACACGCGGGAGCAGGGGAUGAAGGGGAUUGUUUAG